GGUUGUCCUGAAGAUGCACCUGGUUUGCUUCCACCAGAUUAUACGAAAGCAGACAUUCCAAAAUUGAGAGAAGAUCUGCGCAAGUGGGAGUCAGUUAUGACUGCAUCAUCAAAAGCUUGGUGGAGAGAGUUCUUGGGCUGUAUUGAGAUUGAGAAUGAAACAACAACAGAGGACACGUGUUGUAUCCUCGACUUAAAGCAAAAUUUGAAGAGACCUGCUGCUACUCAGUCAGAAGAAACCCCACCGAGAGUCAACAUGCAAUUUAGAGAGAAAGAACUUGCACCCCUUGAUGAGGUAAAUGAUUGUUUGCGGUAUUAGUACUGGGUGUUCCGUGUACGUGUCAAAUUUGUGAAUUUGAGAGGUCCAUAGGUCCCUUACAAUUGUUUUCAGUGGCGCUGUGGCGGGGGGGGGGGGCAUGCCCCCCUAUCGUCAGAAAAUUGUUAAUGUUGUCGGAAUCUUAGUGCUGAAGAAUCGAAAACAGUGCUACUAAAAUCGGGAAAAAUGCUACAAAAGCAAUUGUAAUGUUAUUGUCUGGAAAAAAUUUUCACUGAAAAAGUUGUCGACAGGGGUGGGGGGGGGUAGUUUGUCGGAAAAGUACUGCCCUUGCCCCCCCCCAAAAAAAAAAAAACAAAUUGGGUCUUACAGCACCACUGAUUAUUUUGGAACAUUUUGCCUUUUUUAUUAGAUAUAUACUGGUGCUUACCAGCCUCCGAGAACAAGAGGAAUUCAGUUGGUUGAUGAUAUUCUUAUGGCAUUGGCUCCUGGUGUUUUUGUUGCAGUAUAUUUAAGCAACUACAAGAAAAUGCCUGUCAUUGGAAAAGUGGUGGAGGUGUUAGAGGAGGAAUUUACUAUUCAUUAUUGGAAAGGUUCAUACGCAAAGCCAUGGGAACCUCAUCUGCUAAAAAAUGGUAGGGAGAUUACUCCUUGGAGUGAUGUUUUGCCAAAACAAUCCCAUUAUCAUAUGUGAUUUCCACCUAGAUAGUGAAAAUAAACUUCUGGAGAAUACCAGGAAAUAUUUAAAACGUUGGUACCGAGAGGAACGUGUACGAACAUAA